UUUUCUCCACAAGAUAGUCAAAACAAACAUGAAAUGAUGCAUACUGGACAGAAACCGCUUGUUUGUGAGGCGUUUCGUGAAACCUUUUCUCAACAGGUUAAUCUUAAAACGCAUAUCAAAGUGCACACUGGUGAGAAACCAUUUGUUUGCGAGACCUGUGGUAAAGCCUUUGUUUGGAAACAUUGCCUUCCCAGACACGAGAGGCUGCACACUGGUGAGAAAGCAUUUGUUUGUGAGUUCUGUGGUAAAGCCUGUUCUCAACAAGGUGAUCUAAUCAGACAUGAGAGGGUGCAUACUGGAGAGAAACCAUUUGUUUGUGAGAUCUGUGGUAAAGCCUUUUCUCGGCGGAGUAUUCUUAAAAAGCAUGUCAAGGUGCAUAAUCUUAAAAAACAUAUCAAGAUGCAUUGUGGAGAGAAACCAUUUGUUUGUGAGAUCUGUGGUAAAGCCUAUUCUACACGAGCUACUCUAAUCAGACAUGAGAAGGGCCAUACAGCAUGUACAGGGGAGAAAACAUUUGUCUGUGAGUCCUGUGGAAAAGCCUUUGCUUGUCCAAGUCAGCUACGCUAUCAUGAGCGGGUGCACACUGGUGAAAAACCAUUUGUUUGUGAGACCUGCGGUAAAGCCUUUUCUACAAAAUCUGGUCUAAUCAGACAUGAAAGGGUACCUCAUGGAGAGAACCGAGAUGUUUGUGAGAUCUGUGGUGAAGCCUUUUCUCGGCAGAGUAGACUUAAAGAUCAUAUGAAGGUGCACACUGGUGAGAAACCAUUUGUUUGUAAGACCUGUGGUAAGGCCUUUUCUACACGAGGUGUUCUAAUCACACAUGUGAGGGUUCAUACUGGAGAGAAACCAUUUGUUUGUGAGAUCUGUGGUAGAACCUUUUCAACUCGAGUUUAUGUACGCAAACAUGUUAGGCUCCAUACUGGUAAGAAACCAUUUGUUUGUGAGAUCUGUGGUAAAGCGUUUUCUGCUCGAGACUAUCUACGCAUACAUGUGAGGGUUCAUGCUGCUGAGAAACCAUUUGUUUGUGAGACCUGUGGUAAAGCCUUCCCUACACAUGGUUCUCUAAUCAGACAUGAGAGUGUUCAUACUGGUGAGAAACCAUUUGCUUGUGAGAUCUGUGGUAAAGCCUUUUCUUCUCGAGAUAAUCUACGCAAACAUGUUAAGGUUCAUACUGGAGAGAAACCAUUUGUUUGUGAGACCUGUAGUAAAGCCUUUUCUUCACGAGUUGAUCUACUCAGACAUGAGAGGGUUCACACUGGAGAGAAACCAUUUGUUUGUGAGAUCUGUGAUAAAGCCUUUUCUCGGCGGAGUAGUAUUAAAAGGCAUAUCAAGGUGCAUACUGAUGAGAAACCUUUUAUUUUAUGAGACCUUUGGUGAAGCCUUUUGUACAUGAGGUAAUCGAAUCAGAUAUGAGAGGGUGCACACCAGUGAAAAAUCAUUUGUUUGCAAGAUCUGUGCUUGAGCCUUUUCUACAUGAGGUGUUUUGAUCAGACCUGAGAGGGUGCACACUGGAGAGAAACCAUUACAUGUAUUUGAGAGACAUGUGGUGUAAAGCCUUUGCUUGUAAAAGUACUCUAUGCAGCCAUAUGUAGAAUGCAUACUGGAAUCGAUUUGUUUAUGAAACCUGUGGCCAAGCCUUUGCCAUCAAAAGUAAUCUUCAUGCACACGAGAGGAUGCACGCCUGAGAGAGAGACCAUUUAUUUUGUUUGUGAGAUCUGUGGUAAAGCCUUUGCUCAGGGAAAAAAUCUGAAACUGUCAAUGUACAUGAGAAACCAUUGUUUGUGAGACCUGUGGUACAGGCGUUUUGUGAGGAAAUCUAAAUAGACAAAAGGGUACAUACUGGUCAGAAGUCGAUUAUGAAUGACCUUGGGUAAAGUCGUUUCUGAGCAAGGUACAUAAUACCUUUAGUCUUAACCUACAUAAAAGGAUGCACAAGAAUGUGGGAAAAACAUGUAGGCCUAAUUCGGACGAUUCACAAUGCAGUGCGCCACCCAGAGUUUGUCACGGAGAGUUCAUUUUUACCAGUGCAUUGUGGGAGAUGGUCGACAAAUUUGCAGCGCGGGAUACUUGAAAUUGUUCGUUUUUCCGGUCAGUGGUUUCUUAAGCGUAUGGUUCGAGGAUCUGUUUGCCCAUUUCUUUUCUUGUUAUCAAUAUGGUGUUUCUUUGUAAGGCGGCAUAACACUAUGCCCCAACCUAUGACAUAUGAGCUCAAGUUGUCUACGACACUCAAUCUGAUGAGCCAUGUUUUGUCGACCGUAAAUUUGAAAAAAUGAACUCUCCGUGUUGUCACAUUAAAGGGGGCACUUUUCUGAGGAAUGUAUCUAAAGUACAUGUACUAAAGGUUCGAUUUGGUUGUAACUUGAUAUUUUACCUAAACCCGGAUGUGUUUUAGAUGAAAAAUCAGGUCAUUCGAAACAACUGGUACAUGUACUCUCUAUCUGUACUUUUAUGUAAUCUUUGUAUUUUUGAUCUCAGUUGCUGUGCUUGUUUGCAUUUUAGUGUGUAAUGGCUACUUUCGGUUUAUUCCUAAUGACAUGUGUCUUGGACGUGGAAGAAAGCGUUUUAGACACAUAUUCCACAUGUCAAAAUGUAUAGAGGGUAAUUGUAUUGUUUAUUACCAGAUAUGGAUGGAUUUGGGUCGUUAAUUGGUAGUGCCUUUUAGUUAUCCAUCACACAUUGACGAAACCAAAAAUAUCUCAGUAGAACCAUUGAACUGGCUUAAUUCUGUACAAUUUCACUUUGCAAAGUUUAUGUUGCCUCUUUAUCGCUUGAUCCUAUGUACCUUGAGAAGAAUCUUUUGUUCAAAUCAUUUUAAUAUAUUUUGUAUUGAUAAGGAAAGGAAUGC